CGGCCUCUGGCAGUGGGGUUGGCGAGGGUGAAGCGGUCUCGGCUAGAAGGGAAAAAUUAGAGGAAAGGAACGCCGGACUUCCCGGCUCGGCCUGCGGGAGGGCGCUCGGCUUCCGGAGGGAAAGGGAGGAAACUGAAGGAUGUGUGUCUGUCACUCACGGCACUGGGGGUCCUUUCCUCCCUCGUUCAGGAGGAACAAGGAUGAAUAUGACUCAAGCCCGUGUGCUGGUGACUGCAUUGGUGGGGCUGGUGGUUGUCCUCCUCUAUGCCUCCAUCCACAAGAUCGAGGAAGGACACCUGGCUGUGUAUUACAGACAACACUGCAAACUGAUGAAGUUAAAAAUGUGCCUUGUGGAACAAGUGGUGGGGUCAUGAUCUAUAUUGACCGAAUAGAAGUGGUUAAUAUGUUGGCUCCUUAUGCAGUGUUUGAUAUCGUAAGGAACUACACUGCAGAUUAUGACAAGACUUUAAUCUUUAAUAAAAUACACCAUGAGCUGAACCAGUUUUGCAGUGCCCAUACACUUCAAGAAGUUUACAUUGAAUUAUUUGAUCAAAUAGAUGAAAACCUGAAGCAAGCUCUGCAAAAAGAUUUAAACUUCAUGGCCCCAGGUCUCACUAUACAGGCUGUGCGUGUCACAAAACCUAAAAUCCCAGAAGCCAUAAGAAGAAAUUUUGAGUUAAUGGAGGCUGAGAAGACAAAACUUCUUAUAGCUGCACAGAAACAAAAGGUUGUGGAAAAAGAAGCUGAGACAGAGAGGAAAAAGGCUGUUAUAGAAGCAGAGAAGAUUGCGCAAGUGGCAAAAAUUCGUUUUCAGCAGAAGGUGAUGGAGAAAGAAACUGAAAAGCGCAUUUCUGAAAUUGAAGAUGCUGCAUUCCUGGCCCGAGAGAAGGCGAAAGCAGAUGCUGAGUAUUAUGCUGCACACAAAUAUGCCACCUCAAACAAGCACAAAUUGACACCGGAAUAUCUGGAGCUCAAAAAGUACGAGGCCAUUGCUUCUAACAGUAAGAUCUACUUUGGCAGCAGCAUCCCUAGCAUGUUCGUGGACUCCUCCUGUGCUUUGAAAUACUCAGAUGCUAGGACUGGAAGAGAAAGUACUCUUCUCUCUAAGGAGGCUCUCGAACCCUCUGGAGAGCGCCCCAUCCAAAACAAGGAGAGCACAGGUUGAUGCAAGAGGUGGAAAUGUUCUCCCAUAUCAAGAUGCAGCCCAAGGGGUUAAGUGGGAACAAUGGUUAUAUGGCUUCUUCAGAUUUACAGAGAACUCGUGCUCCGUGUGUUCUGCCUCUCCUGUGAUAAUCCUGGUUUAUC